GCAUCUGUUGUGAUUCGGCUGAAGAAAGGACAAACACAGAUAGAAACUCCUGGUGAAGCGACUGAGAUCCACGAGACACUAUUAUAAAGAUGGCGUUUAUUAAAGAGGAGAGUGAAGAAAUGAAGAUUGAAGAAACAUUCAGCAUGAAACAACAAGUUACUGAGGAACAAACAAAGAUCGCAUUUAUUAAUAAGGAGAGUGAAGACCUGAGAAUUGAAGAAGUAUUCAGUGUGAAACAUGAAGAUACAGAGGAACAAACAGACCUGGUGCCAUUGAAAGAAGAGAUUGAAGUUCUGAAUGAUACGGAAGAGAAAUAUGAUGAUUUCACAGGACCUUGUAUUGAUUUUACCUGCCCUCAGUGUGGAAAGUUUUUCAGUCAACGUGGAAACCUUACAGUCCACGUGAGAAUUCACACUGGAGAGAAGCCUUUCACCUGCCAACAAUGUGGAAAGAGUUUCACUCAAAAAGGACACCUUGAAGUCCACAUGAGAGUUCACACUGAAGAGAGCUCAUUCACCUGCCAACAGUGUGGAAAAAGUUUCAAGAAAAAAGCAAACCUUACAGUCCACAUGAGAGUUCACACUGAAAAGAGCUAUUUUACCCACCAUCAAACAGGAACUAGAAAUGAUUUUACCUGCCGUCAGUGUGGAAGGUAUUUCAGUCAACAAGAAAACCUUAAAGUCCACAUGAGAAUUCACACUGGAGAGAAGCCUUUCACCUGCCAACAAUGUGGGAAAUGUUUUACUCAAAAAGGAAACCUUAAAGUCCACAUGGGAGUUCACACUGAAGAGAGCUCAUUCACCUGCCAACAGUGUGGAAAAAGUUUCAAGAAAAAAGCAAACCUUAGAGUCCACAUGAGAGUUCAUACUGAAAAGAGCUAUUUUACCUGCCAUCAGUGUGGGAAAAAAUUUAAAAGGAAAGGACUCCUUAAUUCCCACAUUAGAGUUCACACUGGAGAGAAGCCUUUCACAUGCCCUCAAUGUGGAUUAAGCUUCGCUCAAAAAGGAAACCUUAACAGGCACAUGAGAACUCACACCGGAGAAAAGCCUUUCGCCUGCAACAUGUGUGGAAAAUGUUUCCUUCAUAAAGGAAGCUUUGAAAGCCACAUGAGAGUUCACUCUGGAGAGAAACCUUACACCUGCCCUCAGUGUGGAAAGAGCUUUACACAUAAACCAACUCUUAAUUCCCACUUGAGAAUUCACAAUGGAGAGAGGCCUCACACUUGCAAACUGUGUUAUAAGAGUUUUACUGAAAAAGGAAGCCUUGAAGUUCACAUGAGAAUUCACACUGGAGAGAGUCCUUUCACCUGCCAACAGUGUGGACAGAGUUUCACUCAAAAAGGAAACCUUAAAAAACACAUGAGAAUUCACACUCGAGAGAAGCUACACGCAUGUGAACAGUGUGGAAAGAGUUUCAGAUUAACCCUUAAUUCCCACGUGAAGAUCCAAUGCGGAAUGAGUUCUCCAGACAUGAAACACUUUAACAGGCACAAAAUUAUUCACUCCAGAGAGAUGCCUUUUACAUGCCACCAGUGUGGAAAGAGUUUUCUAUUCAGUAAAACCCUUGAGAUUCACAUGAGGCUUCACACUGGAGAGAAGCCGUUAAUGUGUCUUCAGCACGAAAAGAGUUUCACAUAUCAAAGAGACUUGAAACAUAAUUUCCAAACUCAUUCUGCAAAGAAACGGCAGUGUUCUGAGGGUAGUAAUAAGUUUAGAAAUAAUACAUUUAUUUUGCCAUCACACUAA